AAAUACGUUAACUCAAUAUCAUUCACCUGCUUUUGAUUCUAGUAUGAACAAAAUGACGGAUAACGUAAAGAGUCGAUCAAUAAAGUUAGUCUUCUAUGCUUGGCUUGCAGGUCUAAACAUACCUAAAGAGGAGGAGUAUUAAGUAUAUAUUCGGUUAAAACGUUUUUAAAUCGUAGCAGAAUUUGUAUAUAAUAUAUAACGUUCGGCUGCAAAUAUUCAAUGCAAACGUGUUUCGAUUUCGAACAAGUUCGUAUGAUAUCAAAGGUAUUGGUGGUCAGUAGUAGUGUUAAUGAUAGAUAUCAGCUGUUCUAGUAAAUAAAGAACAUUUCGAUAUGGACAUCGUUGACGAUGUCACGAAAAAUGAAGAAAAUAGCGACGAGGAUAGCAUCGAAUCAAAAGAUGAAAGCGAUUGUCUGUCGGAUAUAAGCGAAGGAAAUGGUAACUGGUAUUAUAUGCUGGAUUCUGUAUUGUUGAACAUAUUUCAAUAUUUAACACCCAAGGAAUUGACAAUCGCUGGAGAAGUAUGUAAAUCAUGGCACAGAGUAUCACACGACGAGUUUCUUUGGAAAAAUUUGUUCUAUCAAACGUACAAAAUAAAUCCAGACGUCGGCAUAAUGCCAGGAAAGACUUCUUGGUUAGGAGAAUUUAAACGUUUAACAUAUCGUAUACCACUUUUAGAAACAGAAGUACUUAAAGAGCAUUCUCAUCAAGUAUUACAUGUUAGUUUUUCCCACAAUGGGAAAAUGUUUGCUACAUGUUCUAAAGAUGGAUAUAUUUUUGUUUGGGAAAGUCAGUAUCCUGUCACCUUAAAAUACCAUCAUGACAUGAAAACAUUUAGUUGGAAAUAUACACAAUUUUCACAGUUUAACUCUUCUGAUACUUUAUUACUUGUAUCUGGUGUACGUUUUGGAACUCCCCUUUGCACUUCUGGUGAAAUAGCAGUAUUUAGAUUAGCACCUGGUUUUAAUCUCCAAUGUAGAGUUACAAAUAAACCCUAUGACAUAUUUGGUACAUGGUACAGUGAGAAUUAUCUUUUAAGUGGAAAUUUAUGUUGGUUAGCACAUUUAGUUAGUACUAGUCUCUUGUGGAUUAAUAAAGCAACUCAAGAGUCAUUUAGUGAACAUGUACCUAUUAUGGCACCACUUUUUAGGUUUUACAAUGGUAAUGCUUCAUCAAUUCGAACAAUAAUGGUGGCUAAUUGCUUGUCACCUGAACAGAAUGAAUCUGAAGAGCAACUAAAUCAACCUUCAACUUCUAAUGCCAAAGAAGAAAAAGGAAAUCCAUUAAGCCAUAGAGAUAUAUCAUCCACAUCUCCUAUUGAUACUAAUCAAGAACAAGAAGAACCAGUUGUUCUUCGUCAUGCAUCAUCUAGAUUGCAAUACAGCACAUUGGAGGGUGGAUUUAUGAAUUGGAAAAGACUUGGUGAUGGUUUUGAAUAUGCUAAUCCUAUACAAUACAAUCAAGAAUAUAGACAAGUAGAGAUGGAGAAAAAGGUUCAAGAAAAUUAUAGAGAGGAUAAUAGUUCUGAAUGGGAUGACAAUGAAUCUGAAGAGUCACCAAAUAUAGACGAUACGGGUGAUACUGACGAAUUAGCAAAUAAUGGUGAAAAAUAUCUCAUUUUUACAACCGGAUCAAAAACUUAUACACCGCAUCAAGUGGGUUUCAAGAGAAUAAAAAAGUUCAAAUUUCCUACGAGAUUAGAUCCUGGACCAUCGCUACGCGAAAGAUUAGCGCAAAGAGAAAGAGAACGCGAAAGACAAAAUGCUUUGGCAUUAUUAUAUACUAAUUGGUUGGAUUACAGUUCUGUAGCUGACAAUUUUGACAAAGUAGAUCAUUUAAUUGAUUUGCAUGGGCAUAUUAUAGGAAUGGGACUUUCUCCAGAUCAUAGGUAUCUAUACGUAAACACAAGACCAUGGCCUAGAGGCUAUGUCAUUACGAAUCCGUUACAACCUCCACCGAUAGCCGAAGAAAUUGAUAUACAUGUAAUUGACUUAGUAACGCUAAAACAAGUUGGAACCAUGUUGAGGGCACACAAGUCAUACACACCGAAUAAUGAAUGUUUCUUUAUUUUUCUUAAUGUAUGCGACGAAUAUGUAGCAAGUGGUGCUGAAGAUAAACAUGGCUAUCUCUGGGACAGACAUUACGGUGUAUGUUUAGCAAAGUUCCCACAUUCAGACGUCGUUAAUUCGGUUGCCUUCAAUCCACGUGAUCCUGAAAUGUUAGUUACAACUAGUGAUGAUUAUACUGUUAAAGUUUGGCGUAGCCGCAAUAUGGUUCGAGCAUUGGGAUUGAACGAAGAUUCUUAUCCUAGAGGUAUGGAAGUAAGGAAUAGACAAAAGUUUCAAAAAAGUAGCAGUAACGUUGAUCCACUAAAAGCCAUUAAUAUCCCCAUUAAAAUAUCUGAUUAAAAUUUUGUAAGGUAUUCUAGCUUCUAUUUAAAUUUAUAAUGAAUUAAUACUUUUACGAAGUCAUACAAAAUUAUAAAUUCUAUUUUUAAUGAAUAUAGAAUAAUGGACAGGUGUAGUUAGAUUUUUGCAAAUUCUGCUCUGUAAUUAUUUUAUUAAUUAAAAAAAGAAUUUAUUAUUUUGUGUAACACUAUUCAUUAAAAUUUAAAUAUUUAUAACUUGUUUAAUGACCAAGGCUGAUCCAUUUAUGUGAUCUUAUUUUGCUAUCACACUUUGUACGUACCUAAAAUUAUAAGUCUCAUAAAUAGAUUACUAUAUAUUUUUAAACUUUCAUAAGGCAUAAAAGUGAGAAUUUUUUACAAUUUUAUGACAUAUUUUAAUUAAUAAUGUUUCUUCUCCUUGACUGAUAUUUUUAAAUUACUUCAAACAAUUUGUGACAAUAUACCGGUGUUUAGCAUAAUUUAUGAAAUUACUUACUAAUUAGUAAAGAAACAAUUUCUUCUAAAAAAAUAAGGAUACAUAUAAUAGCAAAAUACGUUCCAAACUUUAAAAUGAUAUUCAUUUUAUUAAUUUCUACAAAAAAAGAAACAAGAAUAAAGAUUUUUAAAAAAUAGACGAACGAUCAUUUAUAAAUUGUAAAUGGUAUAUCAUUAAAACUGUACAAAUAACUAUUUUAUUUAUAAGUAGAUAUAUUUUAAAUAAGAAACUUUAAAUUAAAAUAAAGUCUAUGUUUUAAUAAUUGUUACACACAUGAUAAGAUUAUUCAAAAUAAAAGUAUUUUAUUCAUAAAAACAUAGGAAGCAAAUAUUACAAUAAAAAACAAAUCAACAGAAAGCACAAUCUGUUAUUACAGAUGUUAACAUGUUCAAGUAUCAUGACGUCAAAAAAUUUAUAUGUAAUACAUAAUAAUUAAUUACUUACAGGAUAUUGAAAUCUCUUAAUAAAGUUUUAAAGUACUUGUAAUUAUAAUUUGAAAACUUGUUUUUCAAGCGAUUUUACUUUAAAUAACUACAUCUAAAAAGCUAGUUUAAUGCAUGCUCUAUAUUAUGUAAUAUAGGAACUAUAAUUACUUCUAUUACAUUCAACAAAAUAUGUACGUACGUGCGCACAAUAUACACAUUGAGUAUUUCAAUGAUCAUUAUCAAUAACUCAUUUUCAUUCAAUGUUGUACUAUAUAAGAAUUAGAUAAUGUAAUAGAAAUUCAUUUUAUAAACAAUAAAA